CGUGCUGUUUCGAGCACGCAACGCUCUUCGAGUCGUCCGAGAAGCUACGUCGGCGAGCUGAACAAUGUACCCUACCAUCAGCAAAUCGCUCCGAGCGGCUCACUCCUCCACCAGAAAAAGUCCUUGUCGAACAUCGUCGGCAGCGGCGCCAGUCUACUCGACACGAAGAAAACGAUCAACAUGUACCGCGCCAACAUCAAGAAAGACACAGAGGCAUCAGUGCAAUACGAAUUCGCCAUCCUAAUGGUCAACACCGCACGGGACGCCAACGCCGAACCCGACACCGACCUCAACCCCUCAGAACUCAUCAACGAAGCAAAACACAUCAUCCAACGCCUCGCCGACCGCGGCUACCCCUUUGCUCAAUACUACCUCGCCGACGGCCUCUCCUCCGGCCUCUUCAACAAAUCCCCCACCCCAGACCACGACAAAGCCUUCCCGCACUUCCUCGCCGCGUCGAAACACGGGCACGCCGAAGCCGCGUACCGCGCAGCCCUGUGCUACGAAUUCGGCUGGGGGACCGCAAAAUCGCACUCAAAAGCCUACCAAUUCCACCGCUCCGCCGCUUCAAAAGGCCACCCAGGCGCCGCCACGCGUCUCGGCCUCGCCUGCAUCCACGGCAACAUGGGCCUCGGCCGCGACCGCUACCGCGAGGGAAUUAAGUGGCUCAAACGCGCAGCCGAAAGCGCAGACACCCAGUACAACUCCGCCCCAUUCGAGCUCGGGCUCCUCCACCUCACGGGCGCAGGCGACGACGUGUUCAAAGACGAGGCCUACGCCGCGCAGCUCUUCACGCAGGCUGCGGAGCUGGGCCACGCGCAGGCGGGCUUCCUCAUGGGCCAGGCGUACGAGACGAGGCUGUACGGGUGUCCGCGCGAUGUGGCGUUGAGUGUGCACUUUUACUCCGGGGCGGCGAGCAAGGGGCAUGCGGAGGCGAUGAUGGCGCUUUGUGCGUGGUUUUUGGUCGGGGCGGAGCCGGUGGUGGAGAAGGAUGAGGGAGAGGCGUUUGCGUGGGCGCUGCGCGCGGCGGAGAAGUAUGCCGUGGCUUAUUUUGCUGAAAUGGGCAUUGGAUGCCGUCGUGAUCCCCUCGAGGCGAACGUGUGGUAUGUUCGUGCUGCGGAGCAUGGGGAUGAGCGGGCCAAGCAGCGCUUGCAGAUCCUGCGCGCCGCUGCGACAGGGAGCUCUGCCGCAUCGGUCGGAUCGAAGGAGGGCAAGAGGAAGAAAUUCAUGGGUUUGUUCUGA